CCUCUCACGAUGCUGUGUGCGUUUGACUGGGAUCGAGAAUGUUGAUACUGAUUGUUUGAGUUAAAGGGAAGCGUCGUUAAAGAGUCGGAAGGAUAGCUAGGCAGCAAGACACAGACUGCUGAGCUGAUACCGUUAAGGUUUGACCCGGUUACAACCGAGCGACCCAUCAUUUCUUCGCUUUGGGAUCGGACAACCACGAUGACCCAGCCUCGGCCCGACGAGUUCAUUCCACCCCCGGAAUGCCCAGUCUUCGAGCCUAGCUGGGAAGAAUUUGCCGACCCUUUUGCUUUUAUCAACAAAAUACGGCCUAUAGCGGAGAAAACGGGCAUAUGCAAGGUCCGACCGCCACCGGACUGGCAGCCUCCAUUUGCUUGCGAUGUGGACAAGCUGCAUUUCACCCCGCGAAUACAGAGACUCAACGAACUGGAGGCUCAGACUAGAGUCAGACUGAACUUCCUGGAUCAGAUUGCCAAGUUCUGGGAGCUACAGGGAUGCACACUUAAAAUUCCUCAUGUGGAGCGGAAAAUCCUGGAUCUCUAUCAGCUGAACAAGCUGGUGGCGGACGAAGGUGGCUUCGACUUGGUUUGUCGAGAGAGACGGUGGACGAAGAUCGCCCUGAGGAUGGGCUUUGCUCCUGGCAAGGCCGUGGGCUCGCAUCUGCGUGCUCACUAUGAGAGGAUCCUGUAUCCUUACAACCUGUUCCAGUCCGGAGCCAACCUUCUGGCACCUGAGGUAUCCUCCAAGCUGAUGAGUUUAAUGGCCGCUCCAGAUCUGGAAAAGUGUGUCCAGAAGCCUGGUCUGCCCGGCGACAGCGGGGACAGGGAAUACAAGCCUCAUGACCUGGCCCAGAGACAGUGUGUGCAGCCCAGCGAGAGCUGCACCCUCGCCCGCCGAGCCAAGCGCAUGAGAGCCGAGGGGGGCUGUGUGAAGGCCGAGCCGGGCGAGCCGAGUGAGAACAGGCCCAAUCUGCGCAGGAGGAUGGGCUCAUUCGUGGCCAAGCCGGAGCCGGAGAAAGAGAUUCCCGUUCAGGUGAAGCAGGAGGCAGUGGAGAGUAAGGACCUGAUGACCGAAGCGGACAAAGCCAAGCUGCGCUCUAAGAGAAACGCCCCUGUCGUGGACCUGUACGUGUGUCUGGUGUGCGGCAGUGGCAGCGACGAGGACCGCCUACUCCUGUGUGAUGGCUGCGAUGACAGCUACCACACCUUCUGUCUGAUCCCGCCCCUCCAGGAGGUCCCCAAGGGAGACUGGAGGUGCCCCAGAUGUUUGGCUCAGGAGUGCAGCAAGCCCCAGGAGGCCUUUGGCUUUGAGCAGGCGUAUAGAGACUACUCUCUGCGCGCAUUUGGAGAGAUGGCAGACUCCUUCAAAUCCGAUUACUUCAAUAUGCCAGUCCACAUGGUCCCCACAGAGCUGGUGGAGAAGGAGUUCUGGCGGCUGGUGAGCACUAUCGAGGAGGACGUGACUGUGGAGUACGGCGCUGACAUCGCGUCUAAGGAGUUCGGCAGCGGCUUCCCCAUCAGGAACGGGCGCUUUAAAGUGGCCCCGCAGGACGAGCCCUACCUGAGCUGUGGCUGGAACCUGAACAACAUGGCGAUGAUGGACCCCUCUGUGCUGACGUACAUCACCGCCGACAUCUGUGGGAUGAAGCUGCCGUGGCUCUACGUGGGCAUGUGCUUCUCCUCCUUCUGCUGGCACAUCGAGGACCACUGGAGCUACUCCAUCAACUACCUGCACUGGGGAGAGCCGAAGACCUGGUACGGGGCCCCGGGGGCCGCUGCCGAGCAGCUGGAGGAGGUGAUGAAGAAGCUGGCCCCCGAGCUCUUCCUCGCGCAGCCCGACCUCCUGCACCAGCUGGUCACCAUCAUGAACCCCAACACGCUGAUGGCUCACGGAGUGCCGAUUUACAGAACCAACCAGUGUGCUGGAGAGUUUGUCAUCACCUUCCCCAGAGCCUAUCACAGCGGCUUCAACCAGGGCUUCAACUUCGCAGAGGCAGUGAACUUCUGCACCGUUGACUGGAUGCCCCUGGGCCGGCAGUGUGUGGAUCACUACCGGCUGCUGCACAGGUACUGCGUCUUCUCCCACGACGAGCUCAUCUGCAAGAUGGCGGCCAAGGCCGACUCGCUGGACGUGGUCCUGGCGUCCGCGGUUCAGAAGGACAUGAUCACCAUGAUCCAGGAUGAGAAGGAGCUGCGUGACAAAGCCCGCAAGAUGGGGGUGGUGCACUGUGAGCAGGCAGAAUACGAUCUCCUGCAGGAUGACGAGAGGCAGUGUGCCAGGUGCAAGACCACCUGCUACCUGUCUGCCCUCACCUGUCCCUGCAGCCCUGGCAUGCUGGUGUGUCUGCACCACAGCGCGGACCUCUGCUCCUGCCCCAUGUUCAACUACACACUGAACUAUAGGUUUACAUUGGAUGACCUGUACCCCAUGAUGAACGCAGUGAAGCAGCGCGCAGAGUCCUAUGACCAAUGGGCCUCCAAAGUGACUGAGAUCCUGGAGGCCAAACUGGACAAGAAGAGAAGCCUAGCUGUGUUCCGCUCUCUCAUCGAGGAGUCAGAGACGAAGACGUUCCCGGACAAUGACCUCCUGCGCCACCUCCGCCUGGUGACCCAGGACGCAGAGAAGUGCUCUUCUGUGGCCCAGCAGCUUCUGAACGGCAAGAGGCAAACCAGGUAUCGCACUUGUGGAGGGAAGUCUCAGAACCAGCUGACUGUGGAGGAACUGAAGUCGUUUGUCAGGCAGCUGUACAACCUGCCCUGCAGCAUCAGCCAGGCCCCCCUGCUCAAGGAGCUGCUGAACCGGGCGGAGGACUUCCAGCAGCACAGCGAGAAGGUGCUGAAGGAGGAGGCCCCGAGCGUGGCGGAGCUGCAGGGGCUGCUGGAGGGCAGCGCGCAGCUGGACGUGCAGCUGCCCGAGCUGCCGCGGCUGCGGGAGCGGCUGGAGCAGGCGCGCUGGCUGGAGGCGGCGGCGCAGGCCGGAGCCCGCCCCGCCAGCCUGUCCCUGGACACCAUGCGCCGCCUCAUCGACCAGGGCGUGGGCCUCGCCCCCCACCCCUCCGUGGAGCGCGCCAUGGCGCGGCUGCAGGAGCUGCUCACCGUGUCCGAGCACAUGGAGGACCGCGCCCAGAACCUGCUGAAGGCCAGGCCUCCUCACUGUGUGGAGACUCUGGCAGCGGCCGUGCAGGAGGUUGACAGCAUCCCCGCAUACCUGCCCACCUGCCUCCUGCUCCAGGACUGUAUCACCCAGGCCAGGGAGUGGCUACAGGAGGCCGAGGCACUGCAGCUGGGCGGGCGGAUCCCGGUGCUGGACGCCCUCUCGGACCUGGUUCUGCGCGGCCGGGCCAUCCCCGUGCAGCUGGACCCCCUGGCCCGGCUGGAGGCACUGGUGUCCGAGGUGCAGGCCUGGAAAGAGAGCACGGCGAAGACCUUCCUGCUGAAGAACUCUCCCUACUCCCUGCUGGAGGUGCUGUGCCCCAGGUGUGAGGUGGGAGCAGGGAGUCCGAGGAGGAAGGCCAAGAAGAUGAAGGACGCGGCUCAGAACGGCAGGAAGAGGCCGGCGAAGCUGGACUGCCUGAGUGACGUGGAGUGGGCCCUGUCAGAAAGCAGGGACUCCGCUUCUGCCAUGGCCACUCUGGCUGAAGUUCGGCUGAAGGAGAUGGAGGCGCUCUCCGCCCUGCGCGCCUCCAACGAGUCCAAGCUGCUGCCGGCGGCCGACUGCGCAGACCUGCAGGUGUGCGUGUGCCAGCGCCCCCCGGCGGCGGCCAUGCUGCAGUGCGAGCUGUGCCGCGACGCCUUCCACAGCGGCUGCGUGGCGGGGCCGGAGGACGGCGCCGACGCCCAGGCCUGGCUGUGCCCGCUCUGCCGGCGCUCGGAGAAGCCGCCGCUGGACAGGGUGCUGCCGCUGCUGGCCGCGCUGCAGCGCAUCCGCGUGCGGCUGCCCGAGGGCGACGCCCUGCGCUACCUGAUCGAGCGCACCGUCAGCUGGCAGCGCCGCGCCCGCCGUGUCUCCUCCUCCUGCACGCGCCCCCCGCCUCUCAGCCGCUGGGCGCCCGCCGGCCCUGCCGCCGACGCCAGCGGGAAGGUGCACUCCCCAGGAUCGGCUUCAUGCCAGGCUCCGGAGUGGAACAGGGCGGGCCAAUCGCAGACAACCUUCUACACUCAGCAGCGAUGCAUUCCGCUUCAAGGCCUGAGUGCAGAGCUGGAGGAGCUGAUGGUGGAAGGGCUGCUGCUGCAGGUCUCACUGCCUGAGACCCAGCAGCUGUACCACAUCCUGCUGAACGGCCUGGCCUCGACCCCGGAGGGCUGUGCUUCUCCACAGCUGCAGGGCGCGGACCUCGACCAGCACAAGCAGUGCAGCUCUCAGGGAAGAGUUCCGCCGCAGGAUGAGGAUGGGGUUUCCGGCCUGAAGAAGGAAGUUGUAAACGGGACCGAAAAAAAGGCCAAACGGAGGUUGGAGAGGGAGCGGAGGGAUCGGGCAAAAAAGCCGCAAAAGAAGAAGCCCAAACUGAACCAGGAGAAAAGCCAGGAGAGUGUGACCGCCACCUCCUCCGUACUGUCAGACUCCUCCCCCUCGGAGGAUUCGGAAGAGGACAUGGCGCUCUGUCCGGCAGAGAGAUGCCAGCAGCCUGAGGGAGAUGAGGUGGACUGGGUCCAGUGUGACGGCAGCUGUAACCAGUGGUUCCACCAGGUGUGCGUGGGCGUGACUCCCGAGCUGGCUGAGCAGGAGGACUAUAUUUGCGUCAGCUGUACUGUAAAAGAUGGCCACGUGCGAAAAUGAGGAGAGGAAGGUUUGGAAGAAGACUGGGGGAUGCCAGUUUUUUUUGUGUUCUUCUUGAAAAGCCACAGCUCUGGGUGUGUAACUGACCCCGCCCCCUCAUGUCCUGACCCCGCCCUCAUGUCCUGACCCUGUCCACAGCCCCGCCCCCUUCCUUCCCUUUUGUAACAACGGUGCUACUUCUUCCUUAUGGGAUCGUUUUCCAGAAUUUAUUAGACUGUUUGGUCACUUUUUUGUAUUGAUUUCCCCCCCCUCCUAUGAACUGUUUUGUGGUUGUCUUAAAACAUGGCAGGAUUUGGAGUGUGCUGCAGGGGUUUCCAGCACAUUGGCGCAGGAGAGUGUCUACAGACGAAGCACCUUGUGAAAAAGGAAAAAAAAAAAAGAAAACAGGAUUUUUUUCUCCAUCCCUCUGGAACUUUCCUGCAUGUGUAGCCAGAGACGCUGGGAGCAGGGACAAAUUUUUCACCAAAAAGAAGCUUAAAAAAAAACUUAUUUUUUGGAAACCCACUGUUUAGUACAAGCAUCUGGAUAAUAUAAAAAAGUUUUUUUUUUUUCUUUUUUUUGUAGAAUAGGUUUAUUUAUCUGAGCAAUAAUGUCUAUGUCUGAAUUCAGUGGCUUGAGAUCUCUUCUGAACAGUGUGUUGGUGCUUUAGCAAUGGUUUGAUGUACAGAAUGCUCCCUGUUAGACUGUGGGGUCAAAGUGGUGGACUAGAUAAGUAGCAGACAGAAGGAAAUGUGUAAAGUUAACUGCCACAGCUGUAUCGGGAUUUCCGUUGGGUGGGGAUGAGGCUAGGUUGUGUUGGGUGAGGGUAGCAGAUGUUGCAGUUUAUAUUGUGGAAUAAAACCCUUUGUUCUGAUAUCA